AUGAAUUUAAAUAAUAAAUUUGUCAAUUUUCAUAGAUAUUAUUGGGUUAAUGACAAUGAAGAUAAAAUUUUAAGAUAUAAUGAUUAUACUUUUAAUGAAAACAAUAUAACUGUUUUUAAACAUAUUAAUAAAAAAAAUAUCAUAGAGACAAUAACAAAUAACAAAAGAAGCCUAAAUAUCAUGAACUUUUUUAUUAAAUUAUUAAAUUACAAAAAAUAUGAAAAUGAUAUUUUUUUAAUUAAUUUAAUAUAUCUUCAAGUAACACGUAGAAUGGUAUUAUUUUUUAUUAAAAUAUAUACCUUUAUUUAUAUAUAUAUUCAGCAAAUUAUAAAAUUACAUUUUCUGUUGCUUUUUAAUUGUUUAAAUUAUAUUACUAAGAGAUGUAAAUACUAUAUUUUCGAUGAAGCGACUAAAAAAAAUAAAUAUAUAUAUGUAUCAGAAAUAAAAAAGGUAGGAUUAGAAAAUUAUGAAGAAAAAGACAGAAAAAAGAGAAUUCAUGUAAUAAAUAAUUUUGUACACAAUGGAUUUUGUUACUUUAAAAUUGAAAAGAAGAAACAUAAAAAAUUACAAGAGAAAAUUUAUAAUAAUUAUUUUGUUUCAAUAAAAAUUUGUAUUGAUAUUUCUUUUAUGAAAAAAUUUCUUAUUUUCUUAUUAAUAAAUAAUAGAAAUAUAAAAUUUUCUAAAGCAUUUAUAAAUAAUUUUAACCUUAUUUUUAAUAAAAAUAAUGAAAUGAAUAAUAGAAGCAAUAAAAAUAAGAGUAAAUAUGGCAAUAAUAAUUGUAAUAAUAAUAGUAAAAAAAUCAUAAAAUUUAAAUAUAAAAUUAAAAAUAAUAAAAUCCAAUUGAUAACUAUAUACGUAAACAAAUUACUUAAACUAAAUUAUAAAAAAUCUUCAAAAAGUAUAUUUAAGAAAAGAAAAAGAAAAAAAAAUUAUAAAAAUGUACAUUAUAUUAUUUAUAAUAUAAUUUACAAAAAUACAAGAUAUUUUAAUAAAAGGAGUAAUUCUAUAAUCAAUUUAGAUAUAAAGGAAAGCAAACAUUUUUAUCAAAUAUAUUAUGAGGAAAAAUAUAUUUGCACUAUUAAUAAUUACAUUGAUAUAUUUAAAAUUUUUUUAAAGGAGGAGAAAAUAAGAAAUGAUCUUUUUAUUCAUAAAAUACAGAAAAAAAUUAAAAGUUUAUGUAGUUCCUUUUUUAAAAAAAUAAAUAAAUACAAUAAAAUAAUUUAUUUAAUUUCUUUUAAGAAAAAUGGAAAUUUUAACCAAGCUAAACAGAAUAGUUUCAUUAAUAUGUUAAAUAAAAUUCGUUUUUUAACUAACAAUAACAUUAUAUAUUAUAAGAAAAUUUUAAUGAAUAAUGUAUCAGAUUCUAAUAAAAGAAAACAAGAAUACAAGCAGUUUUUAUAUUUCGAUUUAAGAGAGAUAACACAUAUUGUGGAAAUCUUUUUAUUUUUAAAAAUGUUAAAAUAUUAUUUAAUAAAUUUAAUAGUUAUGGACAAAAAUUCACUAUUUUUAUUUUUAGAAUUUAAAUUUAACUACAUUACUUUAUAUAUUAUUUUAAAUAAUCAAUACUUUCUUAAUGCAAAUAAAUAUUCAUUUUUAAUUUUGAAAAAAAGAAAUAGAAAUUUUUAUAUUUUUGAAUUAUUCUUUGAUAGCAGUUACAUAAUAAUUUUAUGUACCAAAAUUAUAAAAUUUUUUAAAUAUAUAAAUAAAGAUUUAAGAGGAAAUUUUCUAAUUGUUUCAAAGUGUAAAGGAAUAUUUUCAUCUGAGUAUGUAGGUAAUAUAGAUAAGAAUCAAAUAGAACUUUUGAAAAUUAAUCAUAUAAAUAAUAAAAGUAAUAUAUAUUAUAAAAAAGUCAUAGAAAGUUUAACAAAUAAAAUAAAAAUUAAAGUAUUAAAAAUUAGUAAAGUCUUUAAAAGAAGAAAAAGUUUUAGAAAAAACGAAAUUAUUAAAGUUAAUAUAAAGAGAGUAAAAAAUUAUUAUAUAGAUGAAAGAUUUUUUAAAUAUAAAUAUUUUAAAAAUGUAAUAAAAAAAAAAUUUAUUAUUUCAUAUAAGAGCUUGUUAAAGUACUGUAAACAUUUUCUUUUUAAUUAUAAGAUUUUAAACAUAAAACAAUGUGUAAAAUAUAAAGGGAAAAGAAAUAGAAAUAGCAAUGAAAUAUUCCUAGGUGAUUCUUUUAUGAAAAGUUGCAGUAAUGACAAAUAUAGUAGUAGUAGUAGUAAUAAUAAUGGAAAUGAUAAUAGUAAUUCUAAUAAUAAUAAUAGUAAUUCUAAUAAUAAUAAUAGUAAUUCUAAUAAUAAUAAUAGUAAUUCUAAUAAUAAUAAUAGUAAUGCUAAUAAUAAUAAUAGUAAUGCUAAUAAUAAUAAUAAUAAUAAUGAAAAUAGUAAUAAUAAUGAUAAUAAUGAUAAUAGUAAUAAUAGUAAUAAUAAUGAUAAUAAUGAUAAUAAUGAUUAUAGUAAUAAUAGUAAUAAUAAUGAUAAUAAUGAUAAUAAUGAUAAUAGUAAUAAUAAUGAUAAUAAUGAAAAUAGUAAUAAUAAUGAUAAUAAUGAUAAUAAUGAUAAUAAUGAUAAUAAUGAUAAUAGUAAUAAUAAUGAUAAUAAUGAAAAUAGUAAUAAUAAUGAUAAUAAUGAAAAUAGUAAUAAUAAUGAUAAUAAUGAUAAUAAUGAUAAUAAUGAUAAUAAUGAUAAUGAUAAAAAUAAAAAAAUUCAGAAUGAUAAAGAUUAUAAAAAUAAUAACGAUGAAUCAAAUGAUAAAAAGAGGAAGAAUGAAAAAAAUAAAAGUAAGAACAAAGUGAAAACUGAAAGCGUAAAUGGAUGUAUAAACCAUAUUGCUUUGCAAAAGAUUGAAAAACUUUCAAGUAAUAACGAUGAGUCAUUUUUAAACAUAGAAAAAAAAGAAAUCAAUAAGAAAAAAAAGGUAAGCAAAACAGGAAAAAAAAAUUAUCCAAAUGAAAAAAAUGAUAAAUAUGCAAUGAAUAUCCUUAUUGCUGAAAAUGCAUAUAAAAUUAUAAAAAAUGGUAGAUUAUAUAAACAAGCGGAACCAAUCAAUAACUUUCAAACACAUAAUAACUUUAUGCUAAAAGAAAUGAUGUGGAUGAGUAUAGAUUAUUAUGAAGAAAAGAGAUGGAAAAAAAAUGUUUCAAAAAGAUUUGGUUAUCUAAUGAAUAAUCAUUUUGAAGAAAAGAAAAAAAAUGAUAAGUAUUUUAUUUCAUCUCAAAUAUCAAACGAUAUUAAAAUGUUUUGGUUUUUUAUAUUAAACGAAAUAAGACCAGAUUUAGUUCCUGUUGAAUUAGAUCAUAAAAUAAAAAAUAAAAGUGUUUUAAAAAAAAAUUUCUUUGAUUCAUUUCAAAAAAAUUUACAGAUAGAAGAAAAUAACCUGCAUAUUAAUAAAAAUAAUUUAUUUUGUGAUGAUUAUAAUAGAAACAAUGAACAUUUAAUGCAUAUAAAUAGCGAAAAUAAACAUAAUAAUUCUGAAGUUGUUAAUAAAUUAAGUAUAAAUAAUGUAGGUGCAUCUGAAAAUAUACUUUCAUUAAAUUCCUUUCAUAACAAAAAUAUUGUAAAUAACAAUAUUGAUUAUGUAAUAAGUAUACAUAAUGAAAAUAAUAAUAAUAAUAAUAAUUUUUUUAGUACGAAUGAUAGAUUAAAUCAAGAAUACUUAAACAUAAAUGAGAAUAAUAUAUACUAUAAUAAAAAUAAUUUAUAUUUAGACAAAAAUGUAUUAAAAAACAGUGAAAUGGAAUUUGAUGAACAAAUCAUAACUUCUUAUAUAAAUUAUGAACACUCUUUAAUUAAUUUGAGGGAAAAUAUAAAUAAGGAUUUAUUAAAUAAACAUGAAUUCAAUAAAAAAGAACAUAUAACAGAAAAUAGGAAAUACGAUGAAUUUACAUAUUUAGAUGUAUUACAUUAUAAAGAUAAUAAUGAUUUUUAUUCAAAUAACAGUAACUAUUUAGAUUUAAGCAAUCAUUUAUAUAUUUAUUGUCUAUUAUUCAUAAGUAUUUCUCUUAUUGAAGUUAACGAAAGUGUUUUUUAUAAAGAUGAUAAUGCUAUAAAUGAAAAAAAAGCAUCAAUUUUAAAUGAUGAUUCCCUUGAGCAAAUGGAAAAUAAAUUAAAUCACUGCUAUAAUGAAACACAUGUUAAUCAAAUAAAUAUGGAUAAAUCUCAAAUAGAAAUAAAUAAAAAAAUCAAAAAAGAAUUUGAAGAUUUUAGAAAAUAUAAAAAAAAAAAAAAAAUUAAUCCUUAUGAUGGUGAAUGUUUAAAUUCAUUUACAAAUGAUUCGAAAGUAAUGUUAGAAGAAAAUGAAAUAAAAGAAGAAAUUUUUGAUUUUCAGAAUAAUAAAAAAAAAAUAAAUAAAUAUAACGAUGAUGGUACUGAAGAUGAGGAUGAAGAAGCAAAAAAGAAACCAGAAUUCGAAGAAAUGGAGAAAAUGCAAAUAUUAAAAACGAAAAACAGAAAUGAAAUGGAUGAAUAUGAUGACUAUAAAGAAUAUAAAUUAAAAAAAAAAGAAUAUAAAAAAUUGUAUCAUAAUAAUAAUAACCAUGACUUUUAUAUUAUUAAUAAAAAUCAUAUUGAUCAUUAUGAGGAUAUGAAGCAUAAUAGUAUCUUUACUAGUUCCCCAUUAAACAUAGAUGUUAAAGAGUUAAUUGUAAUACCGUAUUCAGUAGAUAAUAUAAAUAAAGAAAUACAUAAUUCAAUUAUAGAAAAAAAUAUAAAUGAAUAUUUUAAUGAAAUAAAACAAAAAAAUGUAGAUGUUUAUAUCAACAAUAUGGAACUACACGGGGGUAAAAUAUAUCCAUUUGAAUUUAGAUAUAUAGAUGGUUAUUAUAAUGACAUUAAUUUACCCUUAAUGAACCUAUCAGAAUACGAUGAAUAUACUUUUUUUUUAUAUUUAUUUUAUUUAAAGAAUUCUUCAUAUAUAUUAAAAAAACAAAUAAAAAGAGAUAAGAAAAAGAGAAAAAAAGAUUUUUCUGAUAUCCUUUCGUCAAAAAAAAAAAUUCUUAAACGUAAAUUAAGUGAAAAUUAUAAAGGAGUUGAAAUUAUAGAUGAAACCGAAAAAUUAUCAUUAAAUGAAAAAAUUUUAAUAAAUAUAGAUGAAAAUAUAGAAUUAAAUGAGGUAAAUUGCAAUGAUUCAGAGGGUCAAUGUCCUUCUCCCAAAAGAGAGAAUAAAAUAUACAACUUUUUUGAAAAAUCAAAUUUAAAAAAUGAAUCAAAUGUUUUAAAAAGAGAAUUCCUUUUCAAUGAAAAAAAUGAUGAAAAUUUUAAAAAGUGGAAAGAAAAAAGAGAAGAGUGGACAAAUGAUGAAAUGAAUUUCCUUCUAAUUUUAACAAAAACAUAUAUGAAUUAUAUAAAUGUUGAUGAAAUAAAAAAAAAAGAAAAUAAUUCUAUGCUAUGUUUCGAGGAAUCAAAAGAAUUAAUAUACAAAAAUGAUAAUAAUUUAGAUAAAAAUAAUGUGAAUGACUUAGAUAAAUUAAGAAAUGAAACAAACAAUUGCAAAGAAACAAAAUCAGAUAAAUUAGAUAAUUACAAUAAAGUUGAUGAAGUAAAUUAUGAAAAUACAUCUACCAACGAAAAGUUUGAAAGUGAAUGUAACAAUGAGAAUUAUAAAGAUGAAUUUGUUGACGGAAUUAAUAAUGAUAUGAAACACCAUAAUAACAAAAUUAAUUAUAUUGAUUAUAUAAAUUGGGAUAUAAUAUCAUUGGCAUUAGGAUCGUAUAAUAAAAUAAAUAAUAUUUAUGAAAAAAAUAGAAGUCCAGAUGAAUGUAAGAAUAAAUUCUUUUCAUUAAUAAAAGAUGAUUUAUACAAUGAUAUAGUAUCAUAUAAUUUGCAUUAUGAAAAUUAUUCAAACGGUACAAAAACAUUCAAAAAACGUUCGAAAAAAUUAAAAUUUCUACCUAUAUUUUCAAGUAAUGUAAAUACAUUAAUAAAUACAUUAAAAAAAUAUUUUAAUGAAAAAAUUCAAAAUUAUAAAUCCAAAAAAAAAAAAAAUACUAAUAGCAGUGAGCAUAAUAGUUAUGACAAAAUAAAAAAUGACAUAGAAAGUGAAAAAUGCGAUAAAAAUUUAAAAGAAAUGAAAAAAAAUCCUUAUGAUGAAAACAAUUUAGAAGGUGAAAAUAUAAAAUGUUUUUAUGGAAAUAAAAAAAAAAGAAAUGAUUUUUUAAAAAAAUUAUCAAAAGAUUCUAAAUUGUUGAAUUUUAAAUCAUUUAUGAAUAACAGAAAAAAUAAAAGCCAAAACAAUUUUCAUAUGGUUAACGAAAUGGAUGAAGCAAAUAAUCCUUUUAAGUAUAAAAAGAAAAUUCAUAUUGAUAAUUUAAAAAGGAAAAAGGAUUUUUUUAAUGAUUUAUUUAAUGAUUUUUCUUGUGCUUCUAAAGAAACAUCAGAGGAAGAUACUGAUUGUGGAAAAGAUAGUUUUUUUAGUUGUAGUGAUGUAGAAAAUUCAACAUUAAAAUUAGAUGAUUUACGUAAGAAAUCAUUCAAUUAUAAAAAUAAGAUAAUUAAAAAUGAAAAAGAAACAUUAUUAAAUAUAGAUAAUAUAAAAGGAAAUGAAGGAAAUGAAAAUGAGAAAAUUGAAGAAAAGAAAGAAAAAGAUAUAGAUGAGAAAAAAUAUGAAGAAGAAGAGGAAAAAGGAAAAGAAAAAGAAAAGGAAAAUGAAGAAGAAAUAGGAGAAAAAGAAGAAGAAGAUGAAGAUGAAGAAGAUGAGGAAGAAGAAGAGGAGGAAGAAGAAGAAGAGGAUGAAGAAGAAGAGGAAGAAGAAGAAGAGGAAGAAGAAGAAGAAGAAGAAGAAGAAGAGGAGGAAGAAGAAGAGGAAGAAGAAGAGGAAGCAGAGGAAGAAGAAGAAGAAGAAGAAGAUGAAGAAGAGGAAGAGGAAGAGGAAGCAGAGGAAGAAGAAGAAGAAGAAGAAGAAGAAGGAGAAGGAGAAGAAGGAGAAGGAGAAGAAGAAGAAGAAGAGUUUGAUGGAGAGGAAGAUGCAAAUAUAGAUUUAGAAAAAAAUAAAGAUGAGAAUAAGGAUAAGAAAGAGGGUAAAAAAGAAGAAAAAAAUUGUAAUGAAAAAGAUAAAAAUGGAUAUUUAGAAAAAGAAAAAAAAUUAGAAGAGGAAGAUAUACGUAAUUUAGAAAUAAAUAAAGAAGAUGAAAACUCACAGAGUCAAGAGAGAAAAGAACAAGAAAAGGUAGAAAUCAAAAAUGAAGAAAAAAAUAAAGAUAAAAACGAAAUGAAACAAAAUGAAGAUGUUUCUUACGCAGAUCAGCAAAAUAUACGUGAAGCUAAAAAAGAAAUAAUAGUAAUAGAAAAAGAAAAAAUAAAUGAUAUAACAAGAAAUGGAUUAAUGAAGGAAAAUAUCUUUGUGGAUAAGAAUAUUUCUGACAGUUCAAAUAUAGGAUCUUCUUUAUUAUUAAAAGAUAAACAUAUAAAUAAAAAAAUUAAAAAAAAUUGUGAAUUAAAUUAUAUUUUAAAAAAUUGUGAUGGUAUAAAAAAAUUGUUGAAUUCUGUAUGUAAUAAUAAAAAAAAUGUUAAAGAGUUUUUAUCCAUAAUAAAUAAAGGUUCUAAUGUAGAGAAUAAACAUAUUUAUAAGAUUAUACAGAAGUUUUACAAAAGUAUUAAACCAGUAAUAGGAUAUGAAGAUAAUUUUCUAGAUUCUUUAAAUAAUGAAGUGAGUCAUAAAUUUAUUAGUAACUCAAACAAUAUUAAAAAUAGCGAAAAUAAAAAUAAUUUAUUUUUGAACAAAAUAGAUGAAGAAUUUCUAAAAUACAUAACAAAAAUAAUACAACAUGACAAAAGGAAAAAAAGUGAAAGCUUAGGAAAAUUAAAUAAUUUAUUAAAUAAUGAAUCUUUUAAAGUUAAUGAAUUAUAUAUUUAUUCACCAAAUGAAUCAUAUAAGAGAGUUAAUGAAUUUGCUCAACAGAUACUUAAUUAUGUUCCUUUUGUUGAUGACAAAAAAAAAAUAAAUAUUAAAAAAAUAAAAAAACGAUUUCAUUGUAAGAACUUGAUUUCUCAAAUAUUAUUAGCUGAUUAUAUUUUAGAUAAACUAAGAAAUUUUCCUGUUAAUGGUUCUCUAUUAUCAUCAAAAAAUAAUAAAGCUAUAGAAAAUCUUCUCUCGGAAACACGCUUAAGGGCAUAUAGAAAAUACAUCAAUGAAAACUUUAAUGGGAAUUAUAAUGAACUUAAAGCAGAAAAAUGUCAUAACAAAAUUUUUUUAGAAAAAAAUGAAGAAAUAUAUAAAAUGAGUUUAAGUAAUAAUAAAAAUUUAACAGAUAGUAAUAACAAAAAUGAAAAUAUAUCUCAUGACAAAUUGAUUAAAGAAAAUAAUGUAAACAACGAUUUUAAUGACGAGAAAAAAAAUUUAUAUUUUGAUAAAAAUAAGGAAUUAAAUUAUGCAAAAAUAAAUGAAAAUAAUAUGAUUAAUUCAUUAAAUUCAAAUAAUAAUGGAAAUAUUGAAAAUCUGAAUAUUAAAAAAAAAAAUAACUCCUUCUUAUCUAAUUCAUGUUCUACAGAUUUGUUAUCUAAAAACACAAAUAAAGAAGAAUGCGAAAAUAACAAUAAAGCAAAAUUUUCUAUUACUAUUGAAAAACAGUUAAAACAAAAUAAAGAAGAUAUGAUGAAAGAAGAAAAUAAUCCAUUAAAUAAAAGGCCAGAAAAUUUAAAUGAUUCUUGUAAUUUACCAUUUAACCCAAAUGAUACAUCUUUAUAUGAUCAUAUAAAAGAGGAAGUUCCUAAAAAUGAAAAUUUUAUUAAUUUUAGCUUAAAUAAUAAUAAUGAUAACAAUAAAGUUUUUAAUAAUAGUAACAAUUUAUCAAACAUUAAGGAUCAAAAUAUGAAGACAAACAAAGAAACAACAAAAACGAAGAGACAAACUAUAUCAUUAAUUAAGUCAUAUAAUGAGUACUUAAAUGACUCUCCUUUAUCUGAUAAGCAAAUUAAGUAUUCAUCAAAAACAACACAUUUAUCAGGUAGCAGACAAAAAUCUCAACCAAUUAAAAACACGGAUCAUGCAAAUAAUAUGACGAAAUCUAAAACAUCAAUAAGUAUGUCAAAUUUAUUAUCAGAUGAAUUAAAAAACAUUAAUGUAUCAAAUAAUACACAUAAUUUAAAUACUUAUAUAUCUUACAGAAAACAUGCUAAAACACAUAUACCAGAUAGUAAUAAAAUAAAUAAUAUUCAUGUUAAAGAGAAAGGAUCCUAUUUUCAAAGAGAUAUAAAUUUAGAAAAAAAUAAUUCAUUAAUAGACAAGGAAUUGAUAAAUGAGCAUAAUAUAAAUGAUCAAAUUCCAUUUAAUUUUCCAAAUAAUCAUUUAAUAAAUGAUAAAUUAAAUAUCCCUAAUAAAAAAUACAUAUUAUCAGAUAACACAAAUAAUAUUCCUAACAACUCAAUUAAUGAGAAUAUAAAUAAUUCUAUAAAUAAUCAACAAGCUCCAACAAAAAAUAUUCAAGAUUGUUAUAUUUCUAAUCAAUCACCAAAUAAAAUUCAAAAAAGUACUUCUAACACAGAAAGCAUUAAAUCAAAUUCAUCGGCAAUUUUAUAUCAGCAAACACAAAUUACAAGUGAGAAAAAUUAUAAUGUAUCUGAUUCAUUACAUAAUAUGAAAGCAUUACAACCUACAAAUAAAUUAAAUUUAAGUAAUAAUAGCAAUAAUUUAAAUAAUAAGUUAUGUAUUUUUUCUUUUCAAAAUAAAGAAGAUGAUAAUUUUACAUCUCCUAUUCAUGUGUCAUCACAACAUAGUAAACACAUUUCUAUGAAUCAUAGUAAUAAUCACAUAUCUUAUAAUAAAACACCGUUAUAUGAAUCAGUUGAAUUACCCCCAAAGCAAAUCACAAGUAAUGUAUUAAAUAAUUCUAGGCAACUAGAAAUUUCAUCUAAUGCUUCAACGAAACAGUUACAAAAUUCUUUAAGUAAUAGUUUAAACUCAGAAAAAAAAAUGUAUUCUAUGUAUUUAGAAAAUCAAGUAAGACCUUCUUCCAUGAAUAAGAUAAAUGAUGACUCUUUUUCAAUAAAAUCAGCAUCGCCUGGUAAUUAUCCAUCGUCAUAUACUGCUAAUUCACAGUUAAUUCAAGAUAAUCAGAACAAGUUGAUAUUUCAAGAAAAAAUAUUGAAUCAAGAUAUAGAUGACUCAUUGAACUUUAUCGAUGCAAAUAAUAAAAAUAUACAAAAUUUGAAUUAUGUUCCAACUAAUUAUCCUAGCAACAAUAUAAAAAAUUUCAAUACAAUCCAUAAUGAAGGUAGAACAAAUUUGUUGUCAAAUUAUAAGCAAACAAAUUACAAUAGUUUUAAUGUUAAUUAUGCUCCUAAUAUAAUUCAAAAUAUAAAUACAUCAAAUAAUGUAAAAAAAGUUAUAAGUUUUCCAAAUCAUCAAGUAGAAAAUUUUGUAAAUAUUAAUAAUACAAAUGUUGAUAACUUAGAACAUAUACCAUAUCCCAGUGAAUCAGUAAAUAAAAACAUUAAUUAUAUAAGUCAAAACAGUGUAAAAAAUGAAAUUAAUGAAGAAAAUAAAAAUAUGUCUACCAAUUCAAAAAGUAUAAUAGAUAAUUCUCAAAACUUUCAAAAUGUGUUUCAAAUGAAACAACAAAACGAAAUACAAAACAAACUUUUAGAUAAUAAUAAAAUACAGCAAAAUUAUGCCAAUAGUAAUAGUUUUGUUAAUAAUGAUCAAUCAAAGUUACCAUCAGUGGAAUCUAACACAUUUCGACAGACAUAUAUUCAUAUGAAUGAUCAAAAAACUAAUUCUAUUUAUAAUAUGAAUGAAAGAAAUAUAAAUCAGAGAAAUUUUAAUGGCCAAAAUAAUAAUUUACAAAGUUUAAAUCAACAAAACAUGAACUUACAUAAUCUAAAUAAUCAAUCAAUGAAAUACAAUAAUGUAAAUUUUCAAAAUAGAAAACAAAUGAAUUUAAAUCAAUAUGUAAAUCAAAUGAAUUUUAUUCUUCAAGUCCUUAGUCAGUUAAAUAUGAAUUCAAAAGGGUAUUCUCAACAAAAUAUGAGUCAACAAAAUUUAAAUCAACCUAACAUUAACCAGCAAAAUUUGAACCAACCUAAUAUAAGUCAAUCUAAUAUGAAUCAACCUAGCAUGAAUCAGCCUAAUAUAAAUCAACCUAAUAUGAAUCAUCCUAAUAUAAAUCAACCUAAUAUAAAUCAACCUAAUAUAAGUCAAACUAAUAUGAAUCAAUCAAAUAUGAAUCAUCCUAAUAUAAAUCAAUCUAAUAUAAAUCAACCUAAUAUAAAUCAACCUAAUAUGAAUCAACCUAUAAUGAAUCAUCCUAAUAUGAAUCAUCCUAAUAUGAAUCAUCCUAAUACGAAUCAUCCUAAUAUGAAUCAUCCUAAUAUGAAUCAUCCUAAUGUGAAUCAUCCUAAUUUAAAUCAUCCUAAUAUAAAUCAUCCUAAUAUAAAUCAUCCUAAUAUAAAUCAACCUAAUAUAAAUCAUCCUAAUAUAAAUCAACCUAAUAUAAAUCAACCUAAUGUGAAUCAACCUAUAAUGAAUCGGCCUAUAAUGAAUCAGCCUAAUGGAAAUCAACCCAUAUUGAGUCAUUCUAAUGGGAAUCAACCCAUAGUGAAUCAAUCUAAUGGGAAUCAACCUAAUGUGAAUGCACAAAUUUUUAAUCAAUCUAAUAUUACACCACAAAAUGUUAGUAAGACAUGCAUACCUUCAUUUCGUUCUCCAAAUUUAAAACAACAAAAUGUGAAAUCAACUUUUAAUGAUCACAAUAUAAAUAAUUCAAACAUGAUAAGCACAGGUUUAAAUAAUAAUUUGACUAAAAAUAUGUUACAAAAGUUACCAAAGAAAAAUGUAUUUUCUUCACAAGAAAUGAUUCAGCAGAAAUUAAUACAACAAGAAUUACUGCAGCAAAAAUUACAACAACAGAAAAUGCAGCAAGAAUUAUUUCAAAAAGCAUAUAAUGAUAAAGAAAGUCAACAGAAUUCUCCAUCUUCAUUUCAGCAAAUGCAUAAUCAGUGCACACAAGAAAACCAAAUCAAAAAUGAUCAAAUACGACAACAAAAAUUAUUACAAAAACUUCAACAACAACAGUUACAAAAACAGCUACAGCAAUUACAAUCACAACAAAUAUCACAUCAAUUACAGACACAAAUACAACCGCAAAUGCAAUCACAAUUGCAUUCACAACAAUUACAAAUGCAAUUACAUCCGCAAUUACAACCCCAACAAUUACAGCAAAUACAUAUGCAAAAAUAUCAAUUUCAUCAACAAGAAUUAAAAAAGCAAAUGGAACAGUUACAACAACAAAUACCUCUACCUCAACAAAAAUUACAGCAAAUAUAUGCUUUAAAGAAAAAUGUUCUAAUAAAUGAAGAAAAUGAGAAAAAACAAAAACAAAGACAAAUAACAAUGCCUGUAAAUUCACAAGUUCCCAAUUUACAUAAUUUGAGACAAAUAAAUAAUAACAAUGAUGAAAUUAUUACAAAAGAAAAUUUAAAUAAUAAUUUAAAUGAAAACACAUUAUUUAUGUUAAAUAAAAAUGUAUCAAAUAAUAUAAAUAAAUUUACAAAUCAAGACAAAUUUUUUACAUAUGAUUCAUUUCAACAAGUAAUGCCUUCAAAUAACGUUAAUAUAAUGGAAUUAAGAAACAUAGAUAAAAAUGUAAAUGAAAAUAACAUUUUAUUAAAGGCAUCUCAACCAACAGAUAUAAGUAACAAUAUUCCACCACAUAUUUUACCUAACAACAUGGCAUCAUAUAUUUCUCAAAAUUCACCCUAUCAAAUAACACAUAAUAAAAAUAUAAAUCACACACAACAAAAAAAUAAUUGCUGA